UUAACAUUUGGCACUUCAAAAUUUUCUUUCUUCAAAGAAUAUAUAACUAGUUCAUUGUAUAAGUAGUUCUAAGUUGUCCUGAAAAGAUGGCAUGGAAACUAGUCACUACAAAAAAACAAUAAAAUAAUGAGUUAGAGCAGUUAUUACUCGUUAAAAUAUUGGCGCCAAAUUCUAAUAAAUUAUAUGAAAUGAAAUAGUCAACUGUCCCCUGUUUUCAUUAGCAUUGAACCAUUAAUUAAUUACAGAAAAUUCAUGGCGUUUUUAGAAACGACGUGCUUAGAUUUUUUCAGAUUAAACGUCAUCUACUUCGUAAUUAUUCUUCUCUUACAUAAUCACACAUUCUUCUGCAUUUCAGAAUCUUCGUUUUUUAUUCUUUCUUUUUGUUUUUUUUUGGGAGUUGAAGACUGUUUCUUUCAAAAACAGAGGAAACACAGAGAGAGAAAGAGAAAGAUUGAUCUUUCUAUUAUCCUUCUUUUUUUUCUUGUGCUUAUUCUUUUUUUUUUCCCUUGUUCUUAUUCUUUUUGAUACUAAAAUUUGAUACUUGAGAGAACCCAUCUCUGAAUUUUGAUAAUUAGGUUGGUAAUUUUCUUUAUAAUCUACAUUUUAUGGGUUUAAGUUGGAAAUUAAUUUGUGGGUAUCUGAAAUUUAAGAUGGGUUUUGUUUGUUUUUGAUCAUAUUAAAAACUCAUUUGCAUUUAUUUAAGUUCAUCGGAAGGAAUUCUACAGUUGCUGAUUUUUUGGAAAUUGGUUGAAAAUUUACUUUGUUUUUAAUCAAUGUGGUUUUGUUUAACAGUUGGAAAUUUGAAGGUUUUUUGCAAGUUUAACGACAAUUGAUAGAAUUAUGAUGAAAAUUUGGUUGUAAUCCAUCCUUUUGUUAGCUUUAGUGCCACUGUUAUAUAGUUUGCACAUUACCUGUUUGUUGAAUUGCUAAUGUGAGACAAUGUUGGAGUUUGGGUUAUGAAGCCGAAAUUACUCGUGUAAUCUAUCACAUAUUGCUUUAAAGUAAUGUUAGGCAUAAUGUAUGAACCCAAAUACUUUAAUUUAUACAUGGAUUCAGCUGACACAGUUUACUUGCUUGCAGGAUAUUUGAAAGUAAUUUUGGUUUUAAUGGAGCAGAAAGAUGUAGGAAACGGAAAAGGAUCGUCUGAUCCACGAGUAAUUGCGAUAGCCUUGAAUGGCGGUGCUAAAAGCAAAUAUAUUGUGAGAUGGAUAGUGGAAAAAUUUAUACCUGAAGGGAAGGUUGCAUUCAAGUUAUUACAUGUAUUCCCUAAGAUAACUGGGGUUCCUACACCAAUGGGAAAUCUGAUCCCUCUUCCGCAAGUGCGAGAUGAUGUAGCAGUUGCUUAUAAGAAGGAAAUAGAGUGGCAGAGAACUGAGAUGAUUCUACCAUUCCAAAAGGCGCUCAUUCAGAAAAAGGUUUCAGCUGAACUUGUGUUGAUAGAAGCAGAUGAUGUUCCAAAUGGGAUAUCAAGGGAAAUUGCUAAACAUGGGAUUAAGAGUCUAGUCAUAGGAGCGUCUUCCAAUAGCUUGUUUGCAAGAAGAGUGAAGGGACAAUUGCUAUCAUCUGUGAUCUCAGAUUGUGCGCCAACUUUCUGCACAGUCUAUGUUGUCUCAAAAGGAAAGCUAGAGGCUUUGCGUCCAUCAAAUACAAAGACAAAUGGGAACGCUGUAGAGUGUGACAGCCCUGCAACCAACUCUACCAACAGUUCAUCAAGAUACACAAACAGCACAUUCGACCCUGGAUCGAACUAUUCAGAGUCUCCUUCUUCCUCUCCUCCUGGGCCAGUCAAGCACCCUGAUUCUCUUACGUGUGUGAAAGCUGGAUAUAAUAAUUCAGGGACGAAUUCAGCUGAACUUGCUAGUUUUCAAUCCAUUAAUACAAGGAAUGCAGAUGAAGCUUGCAGCUCCACUGUUGGGACGCUUACAAGUGAAAAGUCUAGUUUCAAGACCACAAAUGGAGACAAUGAGUCCUGGAUCACAGAUCAAGUAUCCAAUGGAAUACCUAGCUCUCGCUGCGGUCAAGCAUCUGCCUCAACAUCUCAGUUAGCUUCUUCUGAAACAGAGGUGAACAUUAAUCUAGAACUUGAGAAGAUGAGAAUUGAACUGCGUCACAUACGCGGCAUGUAUGCCAUAGCUCAAAAUGAAACAGUAGAUGCGACAAGGAGGCUAAGUGAUCUAAGCAUGCUGCGGAAUGAGGAAGCAAUGAAGCUCAAGCAGAUAAGUGAAAAAGAGAAGAAAGCACAAGAGUUGGCGAAGCUUGAAAAAGAGAAAUUUGAAUCUGCAAAAAGGGAAGCUGAGUAUGCCAGGGGACGCGCUCAUAGAGAGGUCAUGCACAGGAGAGAAGCAGAGCAGAAUGCUGCCCGAGAUGCCAAGGAAAGUGAGAAGCUUAAGAAUGUUCUUGGAGACCCUGUGUAUCAUUACCAGAAGUUCACAUGGGAGGAGAUUGUAUCUGCUACUUCCUCUUUCAGUGAGAAACUCAAGAUUGGAGAAGGAUCAUAUGGAUCUGUGUACAAAUGCAAGUUGCACUAUUCAACAGUGGCCAUAAAAGUCCUCCACUCUAAGGAGGGCGCCAAAAACAAGCAGUUCCAUCAGGAGUUGGAUAUUUUGAGUAGAAUCCGUCAUCCUCACGUGUUGCUCCUUCUUGGAGCAUGUCCGGAACAGGGUUGCCUGGUAUAUGAGUACAUGGAAAAUGGAAGUUUGGAAGACCGGUUGUUACAGAAUAAUGAUAAACCUCCUAUACCAUGGUAUGAGAGGUUUAGAAUAAUGUGGGAGGUCGCAUCUGCCCUUGCUUUUCUGCACAAUAACAAGCCGAAAGCAAUUAUCCAUCGUGACCUAAAACCAGCUAACAUCUUGCUUGAUCAUAAUUUGGUAAGCAAGAUUGGUGAUGCUGGUCUUUGUACAAUGCUGAAUUUGGAGCCAUCUUCUCUUUCCACUUUGACCUUAUAUAAAGAUACAAGCCCUGUCGGUACACUUUGUUACAUAGACCCCGAGUAUCAAAGAACAGGACUUAUCUCUAUGAAAGCAGAUGUUUAUGCUUUGGGAAUGGUCAUUUUACAGCUAUUGACAGCAAAACCUGCCGUAGGUAUAACCCAUGUAGUUGAGGAUGCAAUAAAGGAAGGUCGCUUAAUGAAAAUAUUAGAUAGAUCCGCUGGAAGAUGGCCCCUGAGAGAGACAGCUGAAAUUGCUCUACUAGGUUUGCAGUGUGCUGAGCUUAGACGUAAAGAUAGACCUGAUCUGAAAAGUAUUCUUCCUGCACUUGAAAGAAUCAAAGAUGUUGCAGAGAAUGCCCGUGAUUUGGCUGCUAAGAUCCUAAUUGCACCACCAAGCCAUUUCAUCUGCCCUAUACUUAAGGGUGUCAUGGACGAUCCUUGUGUAGCCUCAGAUGGAUACACUUAUGACCGCAAAGCAAUCGAGAUGUGGCUUAAAGACAACGACACUUCCCCAACAACGAAUUUUCCUCUGUCAAGCAAAAACUUGAUACCAAACUACACUCUUUCUUACGCGAUAACAGAAUGGAAGUCUAAAAGAAGAAUACAAAAUGGUAAUUAUUCAUGAUAAAUGUCAUGCCAAGUUUUUUCUUAUUCUACAAUUUUGUAGAUUCCCUGCCUACCAAUUCAUGUAAACUUCAUAUUGAUCUCAUCAUGUGUAUGAUUGUUUGCACUGAUAUAUUUAGCAACAAGAUGGUCAUUGUACAGCACCCAGUAGCUCAUAUGUAAUUGAAACUUGAGCCAUAAGAACAUGAUCUUGGACAUAAGUCACAUAACACAGUAGCUUCUUUAACCUUUUUUUCUUUGUGGGAACUGGGGGGUUUUCUUUUUUUUUUUUUUUUCUCCCAUGUGCAAGCACAAAGGUUGUACAAUAUGCUGUACAUCUGAAUUUUUUCUGAUAUGAGAUAAAGAAUUUCAUUGA